AUGGGGAACUAUUUGGAUUGUGGUAGCAAUCAAGGUUGUAGUGCAAUAUUUUUUGAUAAAGAUAACCAACCAAAGUGGAAGCUUUCAAAACUUGAAUUGAUCACAAAUGAAAUGGUGGAUCAAUAUUUCACCAAAGAGGAUGAUGAUGAUUGGGAAGAUCUACGACUUGAUACAAGAUCUGAUGAAGCCAACUUAGCUAGAGGAGAAGGUAUGGAAGGAAGUGAGCUAUGUGCACUCUCAGAUGUUCAUGGGAAAAUUAAAAAAUUGCUCAACUUGCAUUGUUACGAAAAAGAUGAAAGAUAUGGAGGUGGAAAGGUACGUUUGCACUUCCCCUCUAACUUAAAAUCAGAUGGUCUUUUACGUAAGCAAGAAAUCGUGCCUCUUAUAAAUGAUGAACUCAUAAAGAAACUAGGGGAGAUUGAGAAGGAACUUAAACAUUACUAUCUCAGUGAGUCAUCAGGAAAUCAGAAAUUACAUGGUGGUAGUGUAAUUGAUGAAAUAGAUACUAGGCCAAAGAGUGGUUCUCUACUUGAUGAAUCUCUUACUUUGGGGAGGAAGGAAGAUGUAGAAGCAAUAAAAAAUAAGUUGUUGUCAUCAAAUCCAAAUGAAAACCAAAAACAGGUUUCUGUUAUUGCCAUUGUUGGAUUAGGGGGUUUAGGUAAGACAACUCUAGCCCAGCUUGUCUAUAAUGAUCCUGAUGUAAAGAAACAUUUUGAAAGUAGAGCUUGGGUUUGUGUGUCUACUGAUUUUAAUGCUGUUAGAUUAACCUCUGCAAUUCUAGAGUCCUUGAGUAAGAAAAAUAAUAACUUGAGCGACCUAGAACCACUUCAACAUAAGUUGAGAGAUGAAUUAAGGGGGAAGCGAUUUUUAAUCAUCUUAGAUGAUGUUUGGACUGAAAAGAACAAGGAUUGGGAACCUCUGAGAGUUGCAUUCAUGGAGGCAGGGGAAGAAGGAAGUAGAAUGAUAGUAACAACUCGAAGUAGAAGAGUUUCAUCAAUCAUGCACCCCAUGUAUACACAUGAUCUGCAAAUUUUAUCUGAUGAAGAGUGUUGGUCAAUCAUGGAAAGGCACAUAUCUUUAAAUUAUUGUUCUAUUGCUCCCAGCCUGGAAGAAGUGGGUAGGAAGAUUGCGAGGAAGUGCAAAGGAUUGCCCUUGGCAGCAAGUACGGUUGCAGGCCUUUUAAGCUCUUCUAGUUCAUCAGAUUUAAACCAUUGGGAAGAAGUCUUGAAUAGUUCCAUGUGGGACUUAGAAGAGAGCAAAGAUUUGCCAGCUGCACUAAGUCUAAGCUAUUAUUUUCUUCCCACACAUUUGAAGCAGUGUUUUGCUUAUUGCUCUGUUUUUCCUAAAGAUUAUGAAUUCAGGAAGCAUCGUCUCAUCCAACUGUGGAGUGCAGAAGGUUUUAUUAGAACCGACACAAGAAUGAAAGACAAAGCAGGUGGCCAAUAUUUUGAUGAAUUACUGCAGAGAUCUUUCUUUCAGAACUACAAUAAAGGUGGAUCUAUGUAUAAAUUUGUAAUGCAUGACCUUGUACAUGAUUUAGCAGAAGCAGUUUCAGGAGAUGUGUAUGGUAGAUUUGAUGGCCGGAAAUCGAGCCAUAGCUCCAAAGAGACUCGUUAUUCGUCAAUAUAUUUGUAUGCUUCUGAAAUUAAGAUGCUUUCGGACGAUAUUGGCGAUUUGAAAUACCUACACUAUAUUAACCUCUCAUUUGCUCAUGACAUAGAACGAUUACCGGAGUCAUUAUGCGAUCUUUUCAAUCUACAGUCACUGAUACUCCGUUGUUGUCCCACAAUAUGUGAGUUACCUAGAGGCAUGAAGUAUGUACACAAUCUCCAGCAUCUAGACCUUCGUGAUUGCAUUUCCUUACGAUCCAUGCCAAAAGGAAUUGGGAGAUUAAGUAGUCUCAAGACAUUGUCAAAGUUUCCUGUCUUGAAAGAUGAUGAUGAUGGUUGUGGGAUAAGGGAGUUGAAGGAGCUGAGGCAGCUUGAGGGCGCACUUUCAAUCAGGUCACUACAGAAUGUGAUUGAUCCUCUGGAUGCUCGGGAAGCUGAUCUGAUGACUGAGGCGUUUAGGUAUCUUCAGAUACAGUGGGUUAACAUUUCUACGAUGGUUGAUGAUCGAUUCGCCAAGCUACAACAAGCUAGUCUCUCUGGAACUCAACAACUGCUUUGA